CCCGAACUCUGUCCCCCAAAAUCAAAUACUCCAAUAUUGAUUUCUUUGUCGCGAUCUGCGAAGGAUGGCACCGGAGAAGGACAUCGAAGAUGAGAUCAGGGACGAGAAGAAUCCUCGGCCCCUCGACGAAGACGACAUCGCUCUUCUCAAGACAUAUGGGUUAGGACCUUAUUCUACAAGCAUAAAGAAAGCGGAGAAGGAAAUUAAAGAAAUGGCGAAAAAAGUUAAUGAUUUAUGUGGCAUCAAGGAGUCUGAUACUGGAUUAGCUGCUCCCAGCCAGUGGGAUCUUGUCUCUGAUAAGCAAAUGAUGCAGGAGGAGCAGCCUCUUCAGGUGGCAAGGUGCACAAAGAUAAUUAGUCCAAAUUCUGAAGAUGCAAAAUACGUAAUAAAUGUUAAGCAGAUUGCAAAGUUUGUUGUUGGGCUUGGUGACAAAGUUUCUCCGACUGACAUAGAGGAAGGCAUGCGUGUGGGGGUCGACAGAAAUAAAUAUCAGAUUCAGAUUCCCUUGCCUCCAAAGAUAGAUCCUAGUGUGACCAUGAUGACCGUUGAAGAGAAGCCAGAUGUGACAUACAAUGAUGUUGGUGGAUGCAAGGAGCAGAUUGAAAAGAUGCGGGAAGUUGUUGAGCUUCCCAUGCUUCAUCCUGAGAAAUUUGUGAAGCUUGGAAUUGAUCCCCCUAAGGGUGUCCUCUGCUAUGGUCCACCUGGAACUGGUAAAACACUUCUAGCUAGAGCUGUUGCUAAUCGAACUGAUGCUUGUUUCAUUCGUGUCAUUGGGAGUGAGCUAGUUCAAAAGUAUGUUGGUGAGGGAGCUCGUAUGGUCCGAGAGCUAUUUCAGAUGGCUCGUUCAAAGAAGGCCUGUAUUGUGUUUUUCGAUGAAGUGGAUGCCAUAGGGGGUGCACGUUUCGAUGAUGGUGUCGGUGGAGACAACGAGGUUCAGCGCACAAUGCUUGAAAUUGUGAAUCAGCUUGAUGGGUUCGAUGCCCGUGGAAACAUCAAAGUCCUUAUGGCAACAAAUAGGCCUGACACACUAGAUCCAGCACUAUUACGUCCUGGACGGUUGGAUCGCAAGGUUGAGUUCGGGCUCCCGGAUAUGGAGAGUAGGACGCAGAUAUUUAAGAUCCAUACACGAACAAUGAACUGUGAAAGGGACAUCCGGUUUGAACUUUUGGCACGUCUUUGCCCAAAUUCAACUGGUGCUGAUAUAAGGAGUGUAUGCACAGAGGCUGGAAUGUUUGCAAUUCGAGCACGAAGGAAGACGGUAACAGAGAAAGAUUUCCUUGAUGCUGUGAACAAAGUUAUCAAGGGUUACCAAAAGUUCAGUGCAACGCCUAAAUACAUGGUCUACAACUGAGCGGGCUCAUCCCUUGCUUUCCCUCGGAAAUUUUUUCGAGCAUUUAUCUUUCAAAGCCAGCAGUGACAUGAAAUGUAUGCCUAUUGUAAAAGUGUUUCUUGUAUUGAUUUUAACUCUUACUGUGAAGAAGAUGCCACCGUAACUUUUAAAACACUCUCAUGUUUCCAAUGCCUAUGUUGUCAAGGAAUUGGAAAGGGCGUUUUUGAUGGGAAUUCCAAGCUGGGGUAUUGGAUUUGAUGAAAA